AUGGCCAUUAGUGGUAACUCGGGUAGUUUCAACAACCAUGCUGGUCGUAAUCCAAUAAAAAAGAAGCAGCAUGUAUUACAAGGCCAAUUGUCUUUCUCGCCUAAGCGUAGUCCACUACAGCUCAAUGCAUAUGGCGUACCAAUUUCUGUUGCAGCUUUGGAUUCUACUACAAUUUCAGGCACCUCUAAUGCCACACUUCAUGCAUCCAGUUCUAGUUUAAAGUCUAAUGCAAAAACAGAUCUAUCCGAUCGCAUUCGUGUCUGUGUGCGUAAGCGACCACUGAAUAAAAAGGAACUGAAAAAGGGCGAAUCAGACAUUGCUACUGUGAAUGGUCGUCGCACGAUUGCUAUUUUUGAGCCCAAAGUGAAAGUCGAUCUUACAAAGUAUGUCGAGACUCAUGAGUUUACAUUUGAUGAAGCGUUUGAUUCGGAAACAAUGAAUGAUGAGGUGUAUCGGCGUACAGCUUUUCCUCUUGUUGAGUACAUUUUCCAAGGUGGUAAAGCGACUUGUUUUGCAUACGGCCAAACGGGAAGUGGAAAGACACAUACGAUGCUUAAUGAAACCGACGGUCUAUAUGUUAUGGCUGGCAGCGAUAUUUUUAGUCUUCUUGGUCGCAGCGAAUACAGUCAUUUGGCGGCAUGGGUGUCUUUUUAUGAAAUCUACCAAGGCCAGUUGUACGAUCUUUUAGGUGCGCGCAAAAAGCUAUUUGCCCGAGAAGACGGAAAACAAAAUGUAUGCAUCAAGGGAAUUAAAGAGUACGAAGUAUCGCAAGUAGGGCGAUUGAUGGAGAUUUUUGAACAUGGUAAUGCAACGAGGUCAACAGGUGUUACUGGAGCAAACGCAGACUCUUCUCGGUCACACGCCAUUUUGCAAAUUGUUCUCAAGCAUAAAGAGGGAAAAGGUCGCAUUCAAGGCAAAUUGAGCUUUAUUGAUUUGGCAGGAAGCGAGCGUGGAGCAGAUCGUGGCGAAACGGACCAAAAGACACGCAUGGAGGGUUCAGAAAUCAACAAGAGUUUGCUGGCAUUGAAAGAGUGUAUUCGAGCGCUAGAUCAGGAUUCACGCCAUACACCAUUUCGGCAGAGUAAACUAACCCAAGUAUUAAAGGACUCAUUUAUUGGAAACUCCAAAACAUGCAUGAUUGCUACUAUUUCGCCCAAUAUUUCCAACAGCGAACACUCACUCAAUACUCUUCGUUAUGCAUACCGGUAG